AUGGGUAACGACGGUGGUAGCAUCCCCAAACGCCGCGAACUCGUAAAAGAAGCUGCCAAAGCCCCGACCGCGUCCCAAAUUAAAGAAGCGCGCGCCGAGUCGCAAGAACACGCCUGGAAUCAUUGUCCCCUAUCCUCGAAGCCGCUCUCUGCACCCGUCGUCUCAGACUGUCUCGGUACGCUCUACAACAAAGACAGCAUCUUGGAGUUUUUGCUUGCGGAGGACGGCAACGUGGAGAAGGUCGAGGGCGAGAAGGUGCUUGGUGGGAGAGUCAAGGGACUGAAAGAUGUGGUCGAGGUGAAGUUCGAGGUCGAUGGUGAAGAAGACAAGGGUGCGGGGAGGAAAGAGAAGUGGGUGUGUCCUGUUACCAAGGAGCGUAUGGGGCCGCAAGCGAAGGCGGUUUAUGUGGUGCCGUGUGGGCAUGCGUUUGCGGGGAGCGUGUGCAACGAAGCAUACGCUGAGAACGACGUUAUACCCAUCCUUCCUACCGCUCCAGCAGAUAUUGCACGAUUGAAUAUUCGUAUUAAGACCUUAAAGGAGAAGAAUCUAACUCACGCACUGAAGAAAGCGCCCGGCAGCAAGAAGCGCAAGAAGAACGCAGAAGUGACGAACGGUGAAGCGUUGUCUGGCGACGCGAAAGCCGGCACCCUGGAAGAGGAUAAGAAAGUCGAGACGAGUUCCGAAAAGAAGAAGAGAAACUCGGACAAUGGCAUCAAGAAUGCUAGCACAGCGUAUCUUACGAAGAAGGUGCUUGAGGAGCAAGAAGAGAGGAACAAGAGGCGGAAACUGGAUCAAAACGAUAACGUGAAAAGUUUGUUCUCGAAGGGGAAUCAGAAAGCGGAUCUAGCGAAUAGUAAGGACUACAUGACGAGGGGUUUCAGCAUCGGUGGGAAAUAA